AUGGAUCCCAGCUGCUUGCAUGCCUUGCGGGAGGCGCACAGCGACUCAGACGAGUCCACACACGCCGGGGAGUACACCCAGGACGUGGAGAGCGCUAUGAAACCUGACUCGCCCAGCUCCCGCACGCACCGAGGGGGGCAGGGCCACCGCGGCCGCUGCCGCACGCGCAGUGACGUGCGCGAGGUCCUGCGUUUCAUGGAGGGCGCCGAGGUCCAGGAGGAGGAGGAGGAUGAGGCGGCGUCGCCCACAUCUCCCAGCGAGGCACCAAGCAUCGCCCCGAGAACCGAUGUGGACCCUCGGUUGCUGCCGGUGGGCCUCGUCGCGUCGCUGAUUCUUAGCGCGACAUGCUGGCUUUGCAUUCAGUGCCCGCUCAUGAGUGCACAGGGUAUGGGCCCGGUCUAUCUGUUGCGCUGCGGGGUGGUCGCGCUCUUCUUGCUGGCUUUUGGCCUCAUGGCCUUCACCGGUGCAGUGGACCCGGGGAUGGUGCCGGAGGAGCUUCCGGACCGUCCCAUGGAGCGGUCCUACAAGUCCUCGCAGUUCCCACGCCGCAUCCGGCGCUACGACCACUACUGCCGCUGGCUCCUGAACGGCAUCGGUCUCCACAACCAUCGGGAGUUCUUCAUGCUACUCAUGAUCUUCACUGUGAUGGUGGCGGGCGGCUCCAUCGUGGAUGCUUGGCUCCUCGCCGCGUUCUGGAGCCUGGAGCACUCGGCCACAGAGAGCCUGCUGGCGGCGCACCUGGUGUAUUUGGCCAUCUUCGGCUACAACCUGAUUCCCAUCGUCCGCCUGCAUGUGACCUUCGUGUCCAGGAACGAGCUCGCGAAUGAGUGGAAGGAAGACGAAAAUUACGUGGUGGAUGAUCUGGAGACGGGCACAUCCGUGUGGGUGGGAGACCUGGACACAGACGAGUUCAACGAGAAGUUCGAUUCCUUCCGUUACGAUCCCACACGGAACCGCUGGGACAAAGGCUGCCCCACGAACUGCUUUCUGUUCUGGUUCGUCCCAAGAUGGGACAAGGAUCAGACCGGCGAGUUCUGA